AUGGGCUAUAAACAUUUGAUCUCCAUUCUUCCUUUACUUGCUACUUGUUCAGCAUUCGUCAUUCCUCCCGAAUCGAAUGUUUCUAGAAGAUGCGUUAGUACUAUCGGAAGUUACGAUGAUGUCGAAGAUGCCGUCGCGAGUGGAUGUGACAUCGAACUCGGUGCUAUCACCGUUCCUUCCGGUGAAGCCUUGGAUCUCUCCAAAUUGGGUUCAGGGACUAGCGUUACAGUCACUGGUGACGUAACUUUCGAGGGAGGUGUCGAAUGGGAAGGUCCAAUGUUCCUCAUCGGCGGUUCCGAUAUUACUUUCAACGGUGGUGGCCAUACUUUCGAUGGUCAAGGUGCUAAAUAUUGGGAUGGUAAAGGUGGUAAUGGAGGAAAAACCAAACCUAAAAUGAUGAAAGUCACCAUGGGCGGUACAUUCUCCGAUUUGACCGUUCUCAACGCACCAGUCCACGUAUUUUCGGUCGGCAACAAGACCCCACUUACCAUCAAGGGAGUUACGAUCGAUAACAAAGCUGGAUUCGAAUUGGGUGACGAUGGGGAGACACUCGCUCAUAAUUCAGAUUGCUUCGACGUUUCUGCUACCGAUACCACACUCGACGGAAAUACAUGUAUCAGCAUUGAUGAUUGUCUUGCUCUUAACAAAGGGUCAGGAAUCGUUUUCUCCAACAACAUCUGUCAAGGGACUCAUGGGAUCAGUAUCGGAUCCAUCAAAUCCGAUGCUGUUGUUUCCAACGUCAAGAUUUUCGGAAAUACCGUUGAUGGCGCAGAUAACGGGUUGAGAAUUAAGACUAUCGCCGGUGCAACCGGUGGAUCAGUAUCGGACGUUACUUAUACUGAUAACAAGAUUACCAAUGCUCUAAAAUACGGAGUGGUGAUUCAACAAGAUUACGAGAAUGGCAGUCCAACCGGUGAACCUACGAAUGGGAUUGAAAUCAGUAAUAUCGUAUUUGAUUCUGGUACAGCCGUGGAGACUGCCAGUGAUGCCAAAUAUGGAGUCUACGUACUCUGUGGAGAUGGAUCCUGCACAGGUAAUUGGGACUGGAGUGGAUUGACUGUUUCAGGUGCGGAGAACGCUAUCUCUGGUGAUCCUCCCAUUACUGGAUUCCCUUAA